GACUUGCUCUGUAUACUUUACUUGCUAAUAUAGUGAGGAGUGGAGUAGUACCAAUGGAGGUGGUUCAGUAUGUGAUGACUUACGCUUAUUGUCAUGCCUAUCAAUUUGAAGCUGAGACCCUAUCAGAAGACGAGGAUGAGAUGAGUAGCAAGCUAAGCAAACACAGGAGGGGUUCAGGGGGCUACACCCCUGCCCCCGGGGGCCCUUUCUCGGCACUCAUACCCAGCAUGUGGCCACAGGAUAUUCUUGCCAAAUUAGCACAGACUGAAGACGCUGGUGCUGUGGGGGAUUUCAGAUACGACGAGUUUGGCUUCAGAGUAGAAGUAGAAGAUGCAGCUGAACCCAACUCCAGCAAACUCCUGAGUGAACCCUUUAUAGAAGACCCCCAGCAGAGAUUAAAAUGGACAGCUUACUUUGAAUUCGCUCAUAAUACAGAAGUUGGCGAUCUCACAUGGGAAUCGAUGGAAAGCAGAUUACCCCAAACAGAGAAGUUACGUUCGCUGGUCCGUGAAGGCAUCCCACACAGCAUGAGGCAUCAGUUGUGGAUGAGACUGUGUGGUGCGCAGGAGAAGAAGAGUAGCAGCGAAAUGACAUACAAGGAAAUCAUUAAAGCAAGUUCGAGUGACCAGUCCAUGGCAGCUAAACAAAUAGAAAAGGACCUACUGCGUACAAUGCCCAGCAAUGCAUGCUUCUCAAACCAGAAGAGCACCGGUGUCCCCAGGUUACGAAGGGUUUUGAGGGGCAUCUCGUGGCUCUAUCCUGAUAUAGGCUACUGCCAAGGGACAGGCGUGAUUGUAGCAUCGUUGCUUCUGUUUAUGGAUGAAGAAGAUGCGUUCUGGAUCAUGUGUUCAGUUGUAGAAGAUCUUGUCCCUCCGUCAUACUUCUCACACACGUUACUUGGAGUUCAGGCUGACCAGAGAGUGCUAAGACAGCUAAUGGUGAGCUAUCUCCCCGAGCUUGAUCAACUACUUAAGAGCCACGAUAUAGAGUUAUCCUUGAUUACAUUACAUUGGUUUCUGACUGCGUUUGCCAGUGUGGUGCAUAUGAAGGUGCUACUAAGAAUCUGGGAUAUGUUCUUCUUUGACGGGUCCAUCGUUCUCUUCCAAAUCACACUUGCCAUGUUCAAAAUGAAGUUAUCCCUGAGCUUUUGGUAUGAUGUAGCUGAGAUUCUAAGCUUUUGA